AUGUCUCUCUCACUCGAGCAUGUUGAUGCUUUUCUCCCGAUAACAGCGUUGAAGACGUUUGUAUUGGGUGAUAGACGAUUCAUCUUUCAAAGCCAAGGCACAUUCUUCCGGGUGGUUGAUGAAUCCACUGGUGUUGUCAACACUCAAAUCCAGAUAUUCAAAAGAAACAAUAUUCAUGGUUUCAUUACUUUGAAUCAAGAGGAUAUUGAUUCAAGCCAUGUCAAAAUAAUCGUCUGGGGUGGCCGCUCAGUACGAGCUGUCAACAUGUUUCUGGCCUCUGACAAUGAGGUCAUGUUAUCAGUCUGUAGUGCCGAGUUCACUGCUCCAGAUUGGAUAAUGAGUGGGUGCGCUACUGCUGUAGGUGGCCAUUCCGGGGCAUUUUUCAUCACCGCGAACAACGCACUUCUGAGUCUCGAAGUGCUCGAUAGUGGAAUUCCGGAGAGAAAUACUAUAUCCAUAUAUCAACUGGCGACAAGUGUAAAGUCUAUCCUCUACUCCGCCGAUGUGAUUGCGCUGUCUUCUUCCCAUGUCCUCAUUGCCGCUGGUACAGUCUUCGGAGAAAUCAUCGUGUGGUCAUGUUUCUUGGAUCAAAAUGGGUCACACAAAGCCAAUGCAGUCGGCUCCAUCCACCAUUUCUUCACGGGGCAUGAUGGAUCAAUAUUCGGUGUCCGCAUCUCUCCCAAGAUUCCGUCCUUGAAUGGAGGCCAGUCUGGUAGGAUAUUGGCUAGCUGCAGUGACGAUAGGACUGUGAGAAUCUGGGAUAUAUCUGAUUGCGAGCACAAAACAGCUCAAGAUCCUUCUGCAUACUCCACAGACGGAUUUGAAUUGCGAAGUACAGGCUUUGGUCCUGUUGAGGCAGGCGAGGAGAGUGUUGGAUCUGAGUCAUGUGUGGUCCAGGCAUUUGCUCACUCGGCUCGCAUUUGGGGUGUUUAUUUCAGGGCCAUCAAAAAUAAUAACCAAACUCAUGUGGGGUUGGUUACUCGUGGAGAGGAUUGCACGUGCGUUUUGUGGGACCUAAUCUGGCACUCAUCAUCCGCCGGGACGACUGAUUAUCGGCUCAGCCAGGCUUCUUCAAUACAAACACACAUUGGAAAGCACAUUUGGUCUCUGGAUCUUUGCAGAAUUGGUUCUGAGACUGUGGUCUACACCGGAGGGGCAGAUGGUGCAUUGAAAAGUUUUCCCAUCAAAGAAAAUGACGAUGAACACUUGGAUAGUGGACCUGAUGCUUCUUUGCAGCAAUUAACUGGCUUGCAAGUAAAGGCGAAGAAGAAGCAUCUCGCAGCUGAUGGAUCAAAAUCCUUUAGAUUUAUCGCCCAGGAUUGCCUUCUUCGCACGUCCUUGGAAGGCCGGAUCCAGCUUGGAUACCUCAAUCAAGCAGAGGAGACUGUCACUACUUGGGAGACAGUAUGCGAAGCACCUGAUCUUACUUCUUUUGCCGUCAUGACUGCUUUGCCCCAGAUGGGUCUAGCAUUGAUUGUUAAUUAUCGAGGACUCGUCCGACUCUAUAAUCACGCUACAAAAUCUGUCGUCAACAUCGUAGACGUUGGCAACAGACCCCUUGGAAUAUUCUUUCUCCAAACUCACACAUCUAAGAUGGAUAUCUUGAAUCCUUCCAACAACAUCGCUUUCCUCGUCUGCUAUCCUAGUGGAGAAGAAAUAACAGUUGUCAACGUCUCUGACUAUAACAGCGAUCAUCCAAGUGCCGAAAUAACCACCUUUAGCCUGCCAUCUUCAUUCAUAGUUUGCAGUGCAUCUUUCAUCUUCGAUGGCCAAUAUUUGGUUAUAGGGUCAAAACUCGGUGCCCUUGCUAUAUACAAUACCUCCGAGGCUGAGCCUGUGUUGGUCAACCGACGUGUUCAUGGCCGAGAGUUCGUCAAUCACAUUAGCGUCGUGACAUCUGCUACUACGAGUGAUACCACAAAAUCAGACUUUGUAUUGACCACGGGGCGAGAUGGGACUUAUUGUCUCCACGAAUUGCAGCUUUGUGGGAACGCAACGGAUCCGUUAUCAAUACACACGGUGCAUCGUACAGCAUCUAUAACCGGUGGAAACAUUGAAGGUGCCUAUUUCGAUAAAGAAACUGGCGAUUUCAUGUUGUACGGGUUCAGAUCCCAGGAUUUCAUCCUGCGCAACGAGUCAAAGCUGACGGAUGUUGUAUGCAUUGCUUCAGGCGGCUUCCGCCGGGCCUGGGACUUCAUCCCAGGAGACAAAAACAACAAGGCUUUAUACACGUGGAAAGACGGGGUCUCUUUGAUGACUACUCGUGUACGAGCUGGUGCUAGCACUUUGCUUCGAGCUGGAGGCCACGGACGGGAAAUUAAAGCGAUGGAUGUUUUCAAUCCUACCAGUGGGGAUCGGCCUCUUUUUGCGACUGGUGCAGAGGACACCAUUGUUCGUAUUUUCACGCCGACUCCCUCAUUGGCUGCUAGUCCAUGGGGUAGCUUUGAGUGUCUACGCGUCUUGGAUACACACAAGUCUGGGAUCCAGCAGGUGACUUGGUCCAAGGAUGGAAGAUACCUAUUCACCAGCGCUGCAUACGAAGAAUUUUUCGUGUGGAGAGUGCGCACCAUUCCCAAAUUCGGCAUUGCUACAAAAUUGAUGGCUGCCAGUCCGAAGGACGAUGAGCAUUCAGAUCUCCGGAUACCUAGUUUCGACUUGCUGGAAGUAGAGGGCGUUGACGGGGAGCAGUGUUUCCUCCUGUGCCUUGCUCUUUCCAAUUCCGUUUUCAAAAUCUUCCACUUUUCGCCAUCUAAUGGAGGCCAAUUCACUCUCCUAGCUCGAGGGAAAUAUAUGACGAAUUGUUUGACCCAAGCCCACUUCUUGGUCAGGGACUCCUCUGUGAGCCUUAUCACCGCAGCAACUGAUGGCUACUUCACAUUCUGGGAUCUAACAAGCACACUUGAACCAUUUUACACAAUCACACAAUCCACUUUGAAGGCCAAACACCCCUUCGAUGGUUCUUCCAUCUCGCCAGAAAAUAUCACAUGCGAAAACCGAUAUCAGAUUCAUUCCAACAGCAUCAAGGGGAUGGAAUUGGUUCCUCUCUCCGACACAGCCACCGUUGUUGUGGCUGGGGGUGAUGAUAACUCUCUCUCCGUGUCCCUCCUACGGACAAAUCCGUUGAAGACCGGCAUCAAUGCACAGGUCGCUACGGUUUCUAUCCCCGAUGCUCACGCUGCGGCAGUUACCACGAUCAAAGUACUAAAUCAGCAAAUCUCUCGUGAUGUUACAUCCAACGUAGAAUCCAUUAACAUCACCGUGGCAUCAUCUGGCAACGACCACCGAGUCAAGAUAUGGUCGAUCACCGUGGACCCUACACGGCCUGGUACGCAAGGGAUGAUCGUGGGCUUCUUACUCGAUACAUACAGCUCUGUGGCUGACAUAUCAUCGUUGGGGCUUAUCCAUGGGGCUGGAAAUGGCCUCCCCGCAAAGAACCAGCCGUCUGGGUCGGAUAUAAAUCAAUUGCGAUUGGUUGUGUGCGGUGUGGGUAUGGAGAUGUUCGCUGCCGAAUCAGGUCGGCCAUUAUGUACAUGA